AUGAGUUUAUUUUACAGCACAUCAGAAAUGUAUGAACACUAUAUAGAUAGGACAGAGAGAGAAAAGGAUUGCCCAUUAUGUCAUCGUCCAUUCGCAGGCGAAGACAAAUUGAAUGACUUUAUUGAGAGACUAAAAAAAUUUACAACUAAUCUGCCUGAAGAACGUUCAAGACAAGAGA